UCCUCGUCCCUCAGUCCGUCCAUGACAUCCACCUGGAACCUGUCGGCUGCUACGUCUUCACUCGGGUUUACUCGGGUUUACUCGGUGUUCCUCGGUGUUUCGUACCGGGAGGCAGCUCCUGUUUGAUGAGUAUGAAGUCCUGGACUAAGUGGACCCUAGUGGUCCUGCUGGUCUGGCUACUCCUCUUCCUGUCCCUGCUGUGUCACAUCCUGGACCUCAGAUCGACCUCAGCACCUCAGACCAGGUCUGCAGCGGAGUCUGGACUCAUCAGAACUGAAACCCGCCACCUGGCUUCUGUUAUACAGGGAGGGACCAGGACCCUUGGUUGGUCUUUGAGACCUGCUGGACCGUCAUUGGACUGGAGGAGGAGGAGGAAUGACUUCAGGUCCAGGUCUAGGGACUACUACAGGAGGCGGUCUCUGGAGAUCCUGCAGAGACUGUGGACCGGGAACCUGACUGCGGGGAUGCUCAGUCCUCGGCUCCAGAAGGUUCUGAAGGUCCAGCUGAGCUCCAACAAACACCAAGUGGUGUACCAGGGCCCCAGAGGGGCCCGCAGGUCCACCCUACAGCUCUACUGUGAUCUGAAGCAGAGGACCAGGAUCCGGACUCUGGACGGGACCGAGGAGCCGUUCUCCGGUCUGGGCUGGGACCGACUGGUGCCUUCACUGACCCUGCAGGAGCUCUGGAGAUCUCAGUAUCAGAGCUGUGCCGUGGUGACUUCAGCUGGAGCGCUCCUGAACUCAUCGCUGGGGGUUGAGAUCGAUUCCCAUGAUGCAGUUCUUCGGUUCAAUGCCGCCCCCACCAAAGGCUUCGAGAGGGACGUGGGCAACAAGACGACUAUCCGCAUCAUCAACUCUCAGAUCGUGGCUCGGCCCAGACACAACUUCAGCAGCAGCUCGUUGUACCAGGACAUGACUCUGGUGGUCUGGGAUCCGGCUCCGUACUCAGCCAACCUCACCCAGUGGUUCCAGAAGCCGGACUUCGAUCUGUUCUCUGCCUAUGUGGAACGCCGGCGCGUCCGACCUGAGCAGCCAUUCUACAUCCUCCACCCAGAGUUCAUCUGGACUCUGUGGGACCUGAUUCAGAACAACACAGAGGAACCCAUCCAACCCAACCCCCCCUCAUCUGGGUUCAUAGGGAUUCUGCUGAUGAUGUCACUGUGUCGUGAGGUCAGCGUUUACGAGUUCAUCCCGUCUUUGCGUCGCACAGAUCUCUGUCACUACCACGAGCGCUACCAUGAUGCCGCCUGCACUCUGGGGGCGUACCACCCCCUGCUGUACGAGAAGCUCCUGAUCCAGAGGCUCAACGAGGGGGGGGGGGGCGAGCUGAGGAGGAGGGGGCGGGUCACCCUGAGGGGCUUCAGCUCUGUCCAGUGUGGGACGUGAUCCAGAUCUGACAGAGAGACGACUUUUCUCAGAGGUUCAGUGAACCUGCCUCAUGCUGCCUUCAGGAGCCGCUGGGACAUUUAGCCUCCAACAGGAUAAUGACUAGUUUCCAUGGCGAUGUAGUUUUAACCUAAAGAAGCAAUAUUAGACACUGGUUCAUGGAGCUGAUUGUGUUAAUUAUGUUUAGUUUAUUCAAUGUGAAGCUUAUUGACAGAAGGUUACCGAUAAUCGAUCGAUCAUUUUGUUCAGACUUAAAAAAAAGAAUUUAACAGGAUUUUUUAAACUUUCUGCCUUGUUUUAAACAAACUUCUUCUAACCCGGGUUCAGGGUUCAGGGUUCAGGGUUCAGGUUUCGACUUGACCUCCAGACAGGCUUCAAUCAGACGAUGCGUUCACCGCCGUGUGAAUGACGGACGUGGUUUCUCACGUUGAUUAAGGCGGACUGAAAGGAUCUCGUGGACGUGUCUCUUAGUGGGACCGGUCAGCUGUGACAGGACGCUGCUGUAGACAGACACUGAGGCCCCGUAUGGAGGAAGACUUGAUGCGCUGCCAAAACCUGUCCUGGGUGAGAACGAGGGUCAGACGGCUGACACGCUGCAGAGACUUGUCUGAGUUGGUUAAUUAACAGAAGAACAGUCAAACACAGAUCAUAUCUGAUUUUCAUGUUGCCACGGUGAUUCAGAUCAGUCUGCACUUAUUCUAACGAUGUAAAAGGUUCCUGUCGAGAGCGGGCAGCUGCGGUGUUCAGUGUUAUAAUGUCUGGAUAAAAAGCUCAGUGUUUUCUACUCAAACUAAUUAAAACUAGCAGUUUGUAACAGCUG